CGACACAGAGGGAGUGCGUCUAUCGAUGCGCCACCCGUGUUAAGACUGUUCCAGUCUGCGUUGAAUGUCGCGUGCAAACAGGUGCGAAGAUUUUCGGUGCCGAUGACUGAAAAACGCACAUAAAACGUAUAUCAUGUAAGCUUUAAAAAAAUAUCCAUUUGGAGAAAAUCUUCGACAAUCAACAAUAAAAUAGAAAACUGGGCUAAGUAAUAUAUUGUGUUGAGAAAGCAAUAAUACAUAUGUGAGAAAUUGGAAACAAUACGAAUGCGAUAGUAUCACCGAAAAAUAAUUCCAAAAACCAAAAAAUAUCGAUGUCGAACCACUUAACCAGUUUUAAUGCGAUGUGCAAAAACGAAAGUAAAAAAUGUUAUGGAGAUGAAAAUGUCAACGAAAAACUUACAAGCCCGAUGAUAUUUUUUGCCUAUGGCAUGCUGCUCACAGUUAUUGGCAUUGCGGGUUUGAUUGGAAAUGGUUUAGUUCUCAUCGUAUUUACCAGAUUUAGAAGAUUAAAAGGUCCAUUUUCGACGUUUGUAUUAAACCUAGCUACUGCCGACUUUGCUACUUCGAUCUUGCAUUUUAUGCCAGCAGUGUCCUCAUUCAAACAAGAAUGGAUUUUUGAUGACUUAGGAUGCACAAUUUAUGCUUUCGGAGUGGGACAAUUUGGUUUGGUUUCAAUUGUCACUCUUUCAACCAUAGCAAUUGAAAGAUAUCUAGUGAUCACUGCGAAACCAGUAUCAGGAUCUUGGAAGUUAACGCGACAGGGUGCAACGAAAGUGUGCACAUUUGUAUGGAUAUACUGUUUAUCAAUAACGUUACCACCGAUUUUCGGUUGGUCAAAAUAUGUAUUGGAAGGAUUCGAAACAUCAUGCUCAUGGGACUAUACAACCAGAACCGUUUCAAAUCGGUUAUUUUACAUUUAUAUGCUAUUGCUCGGAUUCGUUUUGCCAGUCUCGAUCAUUGCAUAUUGCUAUAUAUUCAUUAUUGUGUCAAUACUUGAUCACAAUAAAGAAAUGGCCGAUUGUAAUAGUAAUGUCGCAUCUUUGGGCACAGAAAGUUGGGAUUACAGAUUAGCAUUAAACGUCACCAGACGAGGUCAAGCAGUACCUAUUCGAUCUGCAUUAAGAACAUCUUAUAUAAUCUUAAUCCUUAUUGGAUUGUUUAUAGCGUCUUGGACUCCAUAUGCUGUUGUUACGUUUUUUGGUCAAUUUGGAGAUAGCCAAACAAAGAUAGAGCCAUGGAUUUCUGCUCUUCCAGCCAUAUGUGCUAAGGCGUCUGUAGUGUAUAAUCCCAUAGUAUACGGCCUCUCUCAUCCGCAUUUCCGUUCAUCGAUCCGGAACUACAUAUCGGGCUGUACGACGGUAGGCCACAGCCACACGGAACUCUGCACCCCGGGACGCAACCAUCGGUUAGUAACGAACAAAAGUCUGAACCGAUUUGCUUUGCUCACUGGACAGGAUAAGAAUCGUACAAAUGUCGUCGAGUUAAAGUGUGUACGUCAUCGGAGAGUGCCACCUGACUCGAAUUCGAUUUGCGUGGACUACUACAGUGAACCCGACUGCCGGAGCCUAACGCUGACGAUGGAACCAAACCGGGGUUCAGCGAUCAUCAAAAUUGACAAGGUACCAUUUAAAGUCGUCAUGUCCACUAUCAGAAGUAAAAGCGUCAACGGAAAAAUAAACACAAUAACUGACAAAACAGCUAGUUCCGAAGAUUCAAAUGAAAAUGAAAAUGAAAAUGAAGAAGUAAAAAAAGACAGUUUAUCUGAUCAGUUUGUAUUCGAUUUUUAACGUUCACCCAUUUUUUAAAAACAUUUUACUAUAUCUAGAAUUUAAAGUUUUAUCAGUGAUAAAUAAUAUUUAGAUUUCCACGGUAAUAAUAUUAUCUGUAUUGUUAAUAUAUUAUAUAGAAUCAAUGUCAUUGUAAUUUUUGGACUGACCAGGGUCAGUAUAUAAUAAGGACAUUUACAUUAUAGAUUUAAUGUUAUCGCCAAUGGCGAUUAUCAUUAUGGAAAUAAAUUUACCUAUACCAGUAUUAUUUGAUUAUUAUAUAUGUAUAGGUAGUAGGUAUAAUGUAAUAGAUUCCGUUAAAGCCAAAAGUUACACACUGACUCAGGUGAUAAUAAUAACAUAAUACUCGUAUGUUGUGUGUAGUUAUCUAUCACCCAUUAUUAUUAAAAUAAGUAUUUUAUAAAUUUGU